UUAGCCAAAUUCACUUAACAGUCUCUCUGAAUUAUGUCAUAUUCUUGUAAAUUAUUUUGCAUCUCUCUAUGCAAGAAGGCUCAAAUCUUCCUCAAUUUUAGCCCAAACAAGAAAAAGAAACGACAUCGUCUGUCAUCCAAUCUUGAUUUUGUAAGUUCUUCUUUUGCCGCCAUGGAAGUUUCCAGCCAAUUUAAACAGGUUUUCAAGGCCAUCGACGCAAAUAGAGACGGGAAGAUAUCUUCCAUGGAGCUCAGUGAAAUGCUAAUCUGCUUCGGAUGCGAAAAGUCUACGGCCGUGAAAGAGGCGGAGGGAAUGGUGAGAGAAAUGGACCGCGACGGAGACGGUUUUGUCGACUUGGAUGAAUUCAUUCAUGCAGUGAGCAGCGAUGGAGAAGAUUGUAACGACGGUAAGGAAGAUCACCUAAUGGAUGCCUUUCUCAUGUUUGAUUCCGAUAAGAACGGACUGAUCUCCGCGGAGGAGCUCCGUCGUGUUCUGAUCGGCCUCGGAUUCGACCGGUGCAGCCUCCGAGAGUGCGAGCGCAUGAUCAGAGGCGUCGAUAAGGACGGAGAUGGAUUUGUUGAUUUUGAAGAUUUUCGAUCCAUGAUGACAAAUAGCCGAGAAUCGAAGAGCAGAGCGUCAUCUUGAUCAUCACUCCACCUUCCAAAAUUCUCUUCUGCUACAUAUGCCCAGUCUAUUCCAAAAUUCUGGCCCAAAUAGAUUGGGCUUGGCCCAAGGUUCCAAGUUAAAUUAAAUUAGGCUAAUUAGAUCACUUGUUAGUUUGAUGAAAUUAUUAUUAUUAUUAUUAUUAUUAUUUUGUUUGGUGUAAUAUGGGUUUGGUGAAAGGCAAGGUUGUUUAUUUGGAUAUAAAAAAAUUCAUGAAAA